UGUUGGAGGUCACUGAGGUCGAGGAAGUGGGUACAGGAAGCUUGGCAUUUGGGAAAGUGGUACGACCAAGAGAGAUGUAGAAAUUAUUACUCAGUGUAGACACUGAACACGGUUAUCGGCAUUGCACUACACUUGGAACUUGUGGGCUUCUGUAUCAUAUGUAAAGUCUGCUGCGAAAGUCUAUUGUUGGGGAUUUCAGUUUAGGAAAAGGAUUAGACAAGUGGUUGUGUAAGCGAUCAUUGGUAAAUGAAGGGUUUGAUAUACCUGUAGUUUCACAGUUUGGUUAUGUCCCUCAUCAUGUUGCAUUCUGUGAGUAGAAAAGUUGGUAGUGGAUCUUUAGGCACGUCAGCAAGAAUCGGAGUAAGUGUUUUAAUCCAGGGUUUUUGUAAAAAGAUUACCACUUCUUCAUGCAAGCAGACAGUAAUGCCAGCCUGGGUAAUAGAUAAAUAUGGGAAUAACAGUAUGCUGCGUUUGACAAAAAAUUCUCUCUUUCCAAUCAUACACUACCCCAAUGAAGUUAUAAUAAAAGUUCAUGCUUCCAGCUUAAAUCCUAUUGACAUUUCCAUGAGAAAUGGUUAUGGUGCUACUGUGCUAAGAAUGAAACGUGACCCCUUACAUUUAAAAUCUGCUGGGAGUGAAUUUCCUUUGAUUUUGGGUCGUGAUGUCUCUGGUGUCAUCAUGGAAACUGGACUGGAUGUAUCUUAUUUUAAACCUGGAGAUCAGGUAUGGGCAGCUGUUCCGCCCUGGAAACAGGGAACAUUGGCAGAAUUUGUGGUAGCAAGUGCGAAUGAGGUGUCCCAUAAGCCGAAAGCUCUCAGUCACAGCCAAGCUGCAGCUUUACCCUAUGUGGCUCUGACAACAUGGUCGGCCCUGGUGAACACCGGAGGACUGAACAAAGAUAACUGCAGAGGGAAACGGGUUUUGAUCCUUGGAGGAUCAGGAGGAAUCGGUACCUUUGCUAUUCAGCUUUUGAAAGCCUGGGGAGCCCAUGUGACUACUACCUGUUCAGCAGAUGCUUUCUCCCUCUUAAAAGAUUUGGGUGCCGAUCACGUCAUUGAUUAUAGAGCUCGGAGUGUGGAGAAGCAGCUCAAGGAUCUGGAACUGUUUGACUUUAUCUUGGAUAAUGUGGGUGGACAGACAGAGCAGUGGGCACUGAACCUGCUGAAGCCGUGGUCGGGAGCUACGUACGUAACAUUGGUGACACCAUUCAUGCUCAAUAUGGAUCGACUUGGAAUUGCUGAUGGAAUGUUUCGCUCAGGGGCCACCAUAGGCAGCAAAGUCCUAAAGCAUAUGAGCAAAGGCGUUCACUAUCGCUGGGCUUUUUUUGCCCCGAGUGGUCCAACUCUGGAUGAAAUAACAAAGCUUGUAGAGGAAAAAAAGAUCCGACCAGCUGUUGAGCAGCUCUUCCCAUUUUCUGAAGUACCCCAGGCUUUCCUAAAAAUGGAACGAGGCCAUGCACGAGGGAAGACUGUAAUCAACAGGAGUGGAGAAUGAGUCAUUUUAUUUUGCAGUUUUUGCAUAAGCAUUUCAAAACAACAAACACAGUAGUACUGUUGCUGAUUGUAGCAACUAUGUACUGUACAGUGAAAAGGAAAUAAAAUAUUGUCCAUUUUUCAUAUACCAAAAUAACUGUAAAUAAGAUGGUUAUACAAGUAUUUAUCCAAGUUUACGUCACAAACAAAUGUUGAAAUAGUUGAGUUGAUAAAAAUGAGGAAGAGGAUAAUAAACGUACCAUCAUACCCAAUAUUAAAGAUAAUACAGCCCCCAGUUCAGUUGUUAAAGUACAAAAAGGAAUGUAUGAAUGAUUAAAAGGUUACAAAACCUUUAAGCUGAAAGUGUUUAUGAUGAUCCUUGAUGCAAUUUAUCAAACAAUACCAUCAUUUGAACAUCCACUGUCUCCGUAACGUAGAAGGAAUUGCUGGGCCUGCCCAUAACAUCUCACAACAUCCUACAAAGAUACUAGUACCAUGUUAAAUUGUCUUCAGCUGGUCAAUAUGAAAUUUACUUUUUAAAGUCUAUAUAUUUGCAAGUUGUGGCUGUGUUGUCCAGCAACUGUAUCUCAGUUGUUGAAAAGCUUUUCAAUGAAAACGAUAAAAGGGUUGGAUUUUAAAUUGAACCCAAGUUCAAAAUUCAGCCACAAAGUGAAAGUCAUAAUAAGGAACUAGAACCACUUGUAAAAAAAACGGUUCUUAAAACUUUAACAUCAAUUCCAUUUUCAAUUUUGUUCCCAAAAAACUAGAACCAUCACAGUAGCAAUAUGUGCAGAGCAAGUCAAGCAUCUGUCUCUCACACUAAAAAUACAUCCUGAACUUUUAAUGGUUUGUACAAGCCAAGGUAGCACAAAAACAGUUACAAACAUCCAAUAUUACGGAUAUUCAAUUCUGCAUGUGUACCCUCAUAUUUAUGACCCACCAUCAACAGCAAUUACAAUGUCAAGAGGGGAUCAUUGCAAAACUUCAUCCCAAUGCAUUAAUUCACAAGAGAAGUUAUUAUACCCAUUUCCUGAAGAGAUUUCCAGUGUUCAGUAAAACCAAUGAGCAAGGUUAGUCAAUUAUAAAUAGUAUUUAAAAAUAUUUCAGCAUAUUUUGCACCAGGAAUGAGAUUUUCUCAGUUAAACAGAAACAGCCAGUUACCAACACAUGAACUAAAUGUAAGAAUGCUUAAGACCUUACAAAGAUUAUAAUGUAACAAAAAGCAGAUGGCAGUUGUUACUGAAUUUGAAAAUAUAACAUUGCACUGACAGUAGACAACUUAUAUGCACAGUGUUUAGAAAGUGCUUCACGAUU